ACACAGCAAACGAGCUAAACAAUCUACAGAUAAAUCGUGAGCAAAAAGAAAAAAGGGCAUAUGGGCAUUCGCUAACGGCCUCAAAUAAGAGGCACCAAAUAAUUGUAAAUAAGAGGUAAUAGAUGUCCUUAGGCACAGAACUGAGGAGUAACUAAAGAAGGCCCAUGACGUUGGAUUUCUAACUUCCCAACAAUCAUACUGGAGAAAUAACUCGAGAAAAGAAGAAAGGUACUGGAGUUGCCAUGGUGUUGUUAUGAAAACAAAUUUACCCCAUUCUCUUACAAAACCGUAAAAAAGAAUUAAUAGAAUUAUUCGCCAACAGGAGGCUAGGCAGUAACCGAUGUGGAAGCAGAUUAUUGCUUACAUUGUGAUUAGUUCAGCGUGAAAAUUGAUCAGCAUGUCUUAUGAAAACUGGCUGGGAUUAAUUAAAAGUGCUGAUAAAUCGUCCAUCAUUCAGGGAAAUGUACGGAAAGUUCACUAUCGAUUUCCAGAUGGUAGGGAAAUGGCCGAAGAAUACAGUACUGAUACCGGAGUGGUGUUAAGGCGAGCUUGGAAAAACAAGACAGCUUUAUUGCAGAAAGAGGAAUGGUUUAUUGAACUGGGAGAGACAAUUCCUGUGGGCUUGAAAGAAAAUGAACUAAUGCUGAGAGAAUCGUGUUCCGAGCCAAUGCUAUCGAAAAGGGUUACGCGGAAUGCUCUCGAAUGGAGAAUCAGAAAUCUGCCAUACCCUAUUUCUACCUACUCCGUAACAUGUGGGGAAAACGAUGCAACGAUUACUGUAAGAACUUCAAACAAGAAAUAUUUCAAGAAAAUAGAAGUACCGGAAUUGAAAAGGUGCAAUACCAUUCCAAACCAGCACAGUUUAACGAUGGUUCACAAAAAUUGUACUCUUAUAAUAACGUACAAAAAACCAGCGAUUUUAUUGGAUAUGGAACGCGCUAUUUUAACUACUCUUCGGGACGUGGAAACUGUUGAAUGUAAUGACUACCAGUGUGAAGACAUCCUAAGCGAUCUUAUGAUACAAUAAAAGCAAAAUCUUUCGAUUGUAAAGACCAAU